AUGGCUUCCCAUAGGGCCGAUGCAAGCACCUUCCUCGACAAUCGAGGCUACUCGGGCCCCCUCAUUCGCGGCGUGAACCCUAUUACCCUGUUCGAAAAGGCAGUGCGUGAUCGCAUUACAGACUCUUACUAUUGGAAAGAGCAAUGCUUCGGCCUGAACUCGGCGACGCUGUGCGACCGUGCAAUCGAGCUGACAUCGAUUGGAGGCACUUAUGGACUGUCUCAGAAACCGACACCGUUUCUUUGUCUCGCCUUCAAAAUGCUUCAACUCUCCCCGGACCGCGAUAUAGUCCUGGAGUACUUGAAUUUCACCGACCCGGGCAGUGGUGACGAAGCCACCGAGAACGAUGAAGAGGUGGUCAAGGGAAAAGGCGAUUUUAAAUACCUUCGAGCGCUGGCUGCAUUUUACAUACGCCUUACCUUCGAGCCAGUUGAUAUCUACAAAUACCUAGAGCCUCUAUUGCUGGAUUACCGGAAAUUGAAGCAGAGACGACGUGAAAACUAUAUUCUGACAAAUAUGGAUCAAUUCAUCGACACCCUUUUGACUAAAGAUCGUGUCUGUGCUACGAGCCUGUGGAAGCUGCCGCCGAGACAGCAGUUGGAGGACUUGGACCUUUUGGAGGAAAGGAUAAGCCCGCUGGCAGACGAGUUGGAUGAGCUUGAUGACGAGAGCGAGGCUAGCUACCAUAGCCGUGGAAGCGAUAACAGUGAUCAAGCGUCCAACGAUGGCCAAGAAGAUUGA